GUGACAUGUACAUGUAGCUCUUUACCCCAAUGUUAUUUAGUGACCCCAAGACCAUACUAGCAAAGAUUCAUAUCUACAUACAUGAGCAUACAUGUUCCUCCAUUGUCCAAAAUUACUUGUUAAAGUCUACAUAAAAAGUGGCAGAGCAUUAUUAGGGGCAUAUAUAGUUAUUAAUCUCAUCCCCUGCCCCAAUACACGUGAGAGCCCAUCUGCCACAUAACCCUUCCAACCCAACCUAAUUAUCCAGGGGCAUUCCCGUCCAUGGGGCGUGUAUAUAUGCUGCUCACGUCCACCAUUUCCUCAAGCCGUGGCACAAUCAUAAGCUUCCAUCGCUCCCUCAGCCCAGCUAGCUUAGCGAGCUAACUGCCUCUUCUUCCGUCCUCUAGGCCUCUACUACUACUACUACCACCACCAUUCUUAAAUCUUCUUGAUCCGCCGGUCUGCGCAUCCCAGCAUGACGGCGAAGGUGCACCCGAACGUGGCCGUGCCGACCCUCGGCCAGCAGCCGGCGGCGGCGCCGGCCGACGAGGAGCCUGUGACCCUGACGGUGUGGCGCAAGUCGCUGCUGUUCAACUGCCGGGGGUUCACGGUGUUCGACGCCAGCGGCAACCUGGUGUACCGCGUGGACAGCUACGCCUCCGACUCCCGCGCCGAGGUCGUGCUCAUGGACGCCGCGGGCCGCGCGUUGCUCACCGUCCGCCGCAGGAAGGUGAUCGGCCUCGGGGCGGACCAGUGGCUGGUGUACCCCGGCGAGGAGACGCGCCUGCCGCCGCUCUACGCCGUGAAGCGGGCGGCGCAGUACAUGCGCGGCGCCGGCAAGUCCAUGGCGCACGUCGCGCCGUGCUCCGGCGCGGCGGGCGGCAAGCAGGCCGGCGGCGGGUACGAGGUGGAGGGGUCGUACCUGCGACGGUGCUGCACGGUGUACGACGCGCGGCGGCGGGCCGUGGCGGAGGUGCGGCCCAAGGAGGCCGUGGGCUCCGACGUGUUCCGCCUGGUGGUGCAGCCCGGGACGGAGGUGUCCCUGGCCAUGGCCGUCGUCCUCGCGCUCGACCAGAUGUUCGGCAAGCCGUCCCUGCUCAGGAGCUGGUCCUCCUAGCCUCUGUAAUCGCUGCGCCGUUCCAUUCAUUGGCGUAGGUGCUUCGUUUCCUUUUUUGCCACAAUUGUUUGGGCCCGGGAGCAAAAGACACGAAUUGCUCGUGGCUGCCUUUUUUUUUCGUUUCUCUUUGAUAUGAAAGCCGAUUAACUGGGGUCAUACGACGCGAAUGUGGAUUGUAUUUCCUCUUGGCGUGUGUGGUUUUGGUCUUUUUACCCGGCAGCAAACCAUCCACCUUGUAAAAGAGGGAGCAAAAGUGUAAAUACUUCAAAAAAUACAAAAAAAAUGUUAGAGUAGGACAAUUUUACUGUCUCUAUUCGUAUUUUUCCA